UGUCAGAAUACGAAUAACAAAACUCUCAUACUCGCACCCUCACACAUACACACGCAUCGUUCUGCGUGUCCUUGAAGUCCUACACAGUCAACAAAAAACAAACAAACAAACUGAAACUGUUCUCUCGUCUUAAAUUACUCAGCAAGUUGUUUGACUUCAUUUUUGCUUUAAAAAAAGUGACCACAGUGAGAGACUGGUCAUUUUGACAUCUGUCCUCAUCAACGCCAGGAUGGGAAUUUUUGCCUCGAAGAUCAUGGACCAGAACCUGAAGAAGCAGCAGGAGUUCAUGCUGCACAACGCCAGAAUCCAGAUGGAGCGUCAGAUUCUCAUGCAGAACGAGAUGCGAGAGCGACAGAUGGCUAUGCAGAUCGCUUGGUCCAGAGAAUUUCUCAAAUACUUCGGGUCAUUCUUCGGCCUGGCUGCAGUCGGUCUCACCGCCGGAGCCAUGAAGAGGAAGAGACCGGGUCUGUUUGUGCCGCUGGUGCCGCUCAGCUUCAUCCUGGUGUAUCAGGUGGACAUGGCGUACGGCUCCUUCAUCCACCGCAUGAGAGAGGAAGCCGAGAGCAUCAUGGUGGCUGAAGCGGAUCGGCUGAAUUUGCCUCACGGAUCGCCGACGUUCGAGAGCAUCGAGAAAACACGCAGAGCAAAAUCCCACCUCCCUCCACUCUCGGAGAAAUGAGGCAGGAUUUUAUCAGCAGUGAGUCAGGGAGGAGGGUGUGAUCACCAAGAUGUUCCUGUACACUGACAAGGUUCCUUCAGGUUCUGAAUUCGUCCGAAUUUAAAGCUUUAACAAUCGAUCACGAGUUUGAUGCUGAUCAAUGUGAUCGAUUAGCUCAGCGAGAAAAUUUAUAAAGAAUCACGGAUAAAUAUUUGAUUGGAAAGUCUAACAACUACAACUCUCAACUACAGCUGAUUAGAAUAAAAUCUUGUGAUGGGUUGUUCCUAAUAUAAUGUGCCACAUCGGCUACAUAGAAAAGCCGAAGUGACGCCUUUCUACCGUUUUUCCCCCCGACCACUCGUCUUUCUGCUCGGAUUAAGUUCUGAUUGUGUUACGGUACACGUCUAGAUUGAAAGUGGAUUAAUAGAUCCCGGUCAGUGAGACCAGAUCUGUUAAUUCACGUUCAGACCUCACACACUAGAGCUUCAUCUGUGUUUAAUGUAUUAAUAACAUUUAAUUGUCCAGUAACUGACCUUGUUCUGGGUAGGGGGGAGGGGGAUAAUUUCAAGACUGGAAAAAUUUAAACAAUUUAAAGUAAUAUUGAGAAUCACAUUUUAAAGCAUCUUCUAUUGUGUUUAUUAUUACAGCCCAAGAAACACUUUUUACAGAACUGCCUUAUUACAAACUGCACCUUUAUAUUAUAUGAAGCUAAUUCACUGACCAGUAGCUAAAACGUGCCACAGGUUUAGUGCUUUAUUUUUGAGCAUCUGAACUUCAAACAAAUAAAAGAAAUGUCUACACACCGUUUAAACCGAGACGGGACUGAGACCAGGCGACAGACAUCACAGGAGAGGAUGUCGUCUGCCAUGUUGAAGCUCUCUGAUGUGUGUGUGUGUGUGUGUGUGUGUGUGUGUUUGUAUACACACACGGAUGGUUUGGAAGUUCUCUCUGCUCUCUUUUGCUCACUGUAAAACGGUGUUGUAUGAAAUUAGUGUGUGCCACUGACAAAUAAAUGAAAUAAACAAUAAGAAUCCUA